CAUGCGCACAUUUUCAACAUGGCGGCCCCCGUGAAGUUGCAGUGUCUUGAUGACUUUCCAACACACAUUCAUCCUCUACAUGUGCUUAUCAACAAAUCACAAUUCACUCAAAAGUUUCCAGACCACACUGGACCCACACACGCGUUGUUACUGUCACUGAUGGACCAGCAGUCCUCCUGUAAUCGGGGCUUUUUGGUGUGCGCGCACAUAACUCCAGAGGAAGAGACCGAUGUAAACAUUCUCACGUGUCUCGCUGUUUAUGUGAGUAGAUCUUUCCUCAAACACUACGGCCUGAAGGAGCACUCGCCGGGAACGGUUCGCCCACAGUGUCUGCUGCCUUUAAAGAAGAUUGUCAUCGGGGCUCGGACGAAGCAGAGCUUUAAAUGGGCUUCUUCAGAGAAGUUCUCCAAUGCUCUGCUAAUCCUAGCCUCCUGUCACGGACAGACUCUGCUGGCGAGGCAAGGCGAUGCGCUUCUGAUCCCCUACCAUCAUUUACUGGGUGAAGAAGCCGCACAGGUGCAGCAGCAGCUGUCGGAGGUGGUGGUGCUGGAGUGCACACCUGUCAGCCAGGGCAGGAUAACAGUGGACACCAGUGUGGUGCUCUCCGACUGCAGAGAUCUGGAGCUUAGCAGCACCAGCAUCAUGCUAGCGUCCUCUCUCUUUGUCUCUGAUUUCGCCCAGUACGCAAGUAGCUUGGGUUCUGGCGGCUCUUUGCUGAACAGUAGAGUGCUGGACUUCAGUGCCUUCUCGCAGGCUCUUGAAUGCAGACUCGAUGUGCGCGUGGUAGACGCCUCAGACCUCCACAGACCUGGAGGAAUACUGUCUAGGCUCGAGCGUGAUGAAGGACUGGACGCUGACAGCACUGUUUUUGUGAACAAGAGCUUGUUGCUGAAGCUGGGUGUGUUUAACGGGGAGUGGGUCAUUGCGUCCGUCCCAGCAGAGAAGAUGAAGAAGACCCCUCCGGCUCAGAGUCCUGUCCUGGCCGAGCAGGGACGUGUUCAUCUGCUUGCAAUCAAAGCUCUUGACUCGGUUAGACAGCAAGACAUGGAUGUGAAGGACAAUGUGGGCUUGAUUUCACCGGUUCUGUGGUUUAACCUGGCAGACGGGAUGCCCGUGCCUGUUGGAAAUAAGACCAUCAAGAUUAAGAGGUGGAAUAAGGUCUCGUCGCGUGCAGAGUCUCAGAUCUCCGUGAGCGCGUGUCGAUGCGCAGCGCCGCCGUUCGCUAAAGAGCUGCACAUUGAAGCCGUCGUAUCUCCAGACUACAGCUCCCAUGGGCCCUUCGACAGCAUCCUCCACAAACACUUCAGCUCACCCAGGCUUGUUCAGCGGGGGAGUAUUUUGGGAAUCCCGACAGAAGGACAUCCUGAUCUUAUAGAGAACAGCUCUGAAGGAAUCCUCAGCUGGCCUGUGCUGUAUUUCAGAGUAAAGCAGGUGUGUGGUUUCUCUGCGGAGGAGGAAGAGGUUUCUUCAUAUCUGGCUGAUUCCAGUCACACUUCACUCUACAUGGGAGGCUCCGCCCACAGCCGGUCUCCCUGCUCAGUGCUGCAGAAGGGUUGGUCUUUCUGGACGAGUCUCUGUCCUCCGGGUCUGUCCAGCACUGUGGAGCAACUGCUCACUAUCAUACAACCUCACUUCAGUGAAAGCUCUCUAACGUUAAAAAGAGGCUGUUCGAUUCUUCUGAUGGGUCCCAAUGGCAGUGGUAAAGUUACCGCGGUAAGAGCAGCUAGCAGGAGGCUGCAUCUGCAUCUGAUCAAGGUGGAUUGCGUCAGUCUCUGCGCAGACACUGCAGCUGCGUGCGAGGCUAAGAUGAGGUCUGUCUUUGAGAGAGCGGAGCUCCAUCACCCGUGUGUUUUGCUGCUGAGAAACCUGCAGCUGCUCGGCCAGCCGCGGGACGGCUCAGAGACCGACUCCAGGGUCACCUCCACCCUCUGCCAGCUCAUAGCAGCUGCUCACGCCAGUGUGGUGGUGGUGGGGUCUGUGAGCAGCCAGCGAGAGCUGUCCUCGGAUGUGAUGGCAGCGUUUGUGCACCAGGUGGCGCUAGAGAGUCUGUCCGAGGAGCAGCGCAGGACGAUGCUCUCCAGCCUCAGUGAGGACCUGCUGUUGGGAAAAGACGUCAAUCUUGGCAAGAUUGCCAAACAGACAGCUGGUUUUGUUUUAGGAGAUCUUUGCGCACUUCUUACCAGCGCUGGGAAAGCCGCUCACAGACGACUUCUGCAGACGUAUUUUCCAGAAGCGGCGAGUGAACAGGAAGAGGAGGAUCUGUGUGUCUCUGGGGUGAGCGUCACGUCUGAGGACUUCAGCGCGGCACUGGACGUCCUACAGGAGGCGCAUUCACAAGCCAUCGGAGCCCCAAAAAUCCCGUCGGUCAGAUGGCAGGACGUCGGUGGACUGCAGCAGGUUAAGAAGGAGAUUCUGGACACAAUUCAGCUUCCUCUGGAGCAUCCAGAGCUGCUCUCGCUGGGGCUGCGGCGCUCCGGACUGCUGCUCUACGGGCCGCCGGGCACCGGAAAAACCCUGCUGGCUAAAGCCGUCGCCACCGAGUGUACCAUGACCUUCCUCAGUGUGAAGGGUCCUGAGCUCAUCAACAUGUACGUUGGUCAGAGUGAAGAGAACAUUCGAGAGGUGUUCAGUAAGGCCAGAACUGCUGCUCCCUGUGUUAUUUUCUUUGAUGAGCUGGACUCUUUGGCUCCUAAUAGAGGCCACAGUGGGGACUCAGGAGGGGUGAUGGACAGGGUUGUGUCACAGCUUUUAGCAGAGCUGGACGGUCUUCAUUCGUCUGGAGACGUCUUUGUGAUCGGAGCAACUAACCGCCCAGAUCUGCUGGACCAAUCAUUGCUCAGGCCUGGCAGGUUUGAUAAGUUGGUGUAUGUGGGUGUGAAUGAAGACAGAGAGUCUCAGCUGCAGGUUCUGAAGGCAGUCUUGCGCAGGUUUAAGGUGGAUCCCGGCGUGUGUCUGUCGGAGGUCGUGGAGUCCUGUCCUCCUCAGCUGACCGGAGCCGAUCUCUACGCGCUCUGUUCGGACGCCAUGAUGUGGGCCAUCAAGAGAAAGAUUUCACGUAUCGCUGAAGGUGUGGAUUCAGAGGCCAGCGCUCUGACUCUGUGUUCAGAAGACUUCAGACAGGCUCUGGCAGGCCUUCAGCCGUCCGUCUCGGAGCAGCAGCUCAACAGAUACAAGCUCAUCCAGCAGAAAUUCACCAUAAAAUAACAUCCCAAACACUCGCCCAUCUGAAAUCACGUAACUUCUGAAACUAAAGGUUUUGCACUGUGUCCUAACCAGACCCGGGGUGAUGAAGCUACUCUCAUGGGUCCAUAUAGCUGAAUAUUAAAUGUCAAAUAUCGUCUGAUUGGCUGUGAUUGUUUUAUGUUGCACAGUAGUUUCAUCUUAUUGUACACAGACAGAUCAAUCGACACAAGAAACUUGUCGCAUCACGUCUGGGUAGGACACAGUAAUCAAAAUCUUUUUCUAUAAUUAUUUAAAAAUCAUCUCUAAAGAAAAGGAAUGAGUUUAAUGAGUUAAAGUCGAACCUGCUCAUGUUUACUUGCCUAUCCCACAGGAUGUCUGUGCAUCUUUCUUAAUGGGUUUCAUAUUUAAUGCUUGAACAGAAAUCAGUCAGGCUGAAAAAUGCAGAAUCAGAUUCCAUUGAAGAAAUGAGAUUAAAUAUAACGAAAGCUGAUUUACAACUAGCACUGCAAAAACCACAACUAAAGAGAAACUUCAGCUAGACUGUGUGUGUGUGUGUGUGUGUGUGAGAGAGAGUGUGUGUGUGUGUGUGUGUGCGUUUGUGUGAAGUGUACUUAAUUACAGUGUUUUCAUGAAUGUGAAGUGAAGUGACUCAUACACAAUAGAUAAAUUCACAUGAAUCAUCCUCAGUGCUUUGAUUUUAACACAUUGGCUCGCAUUGGUCACACUUUAUAUUAAGUGCUUAGUUUUGGAUAAUUUAAUUAGUAAUAAUUAAUUUGCUAUGCAAAUGUUAAAAAGAGCUGAUAUCAGUGGUUUAUGUCUAAAAAUGUUAAUGAGUUGUUUUUUUUUAAUGUUUAUAUUUUUUUGGUUUUAUAAAUGUGUAAUUACUACUUCAUUACCAUGUUGUUAUUACAUAUGUAACAAAGGACAAAUGGGAUGACUUAAUAUAAAGUGGUACCUUGUUUAUUCAAAGAAUUACUGAAAAUAAACUUAAAAUAAUUAUCCUGAAAUUAAACACAUGUGAUUCUUCAAAGAAAUCUGCGUGUCUGCUUUGACAUAGUAGCUAGCGAUAGAAGACGAUAUGAACACAAAAGACAGAAUUGUUCAAAAGAGAAAAUAAGAUUCCAACUGCAAGCGUAUAUUUUGACUCAUUGUGCUGUAGCUUGUUGCUGGACGUUACUGGAAGAGUGAUGAGUGAAUCUCACGAAAAAUGUCAAGAAAUGUUUGAGUUGUAUUUCACCCCAAAAUCAGAUGAAACUAGAAACAAGUUAG